CUGAGUGACCAGGACAUAGGCUGAGGUCAGGAUGCAGACAGCACGACUCGGGGUAGUUGCCCUUUGCUGCUGUGUGUGUGUGGUUACAGCACAGUUCACCAUCACUGUACCAGAGAAUCCCAUUACAGCAGCAGCCGGAGGUACGGCUGUGUUUACAGUGAAACCGUCUGGUGAGGUGAGGAGCGGGACCUGGAGUUUCGGCCGUGUGGCUGUUGUUAAUUGGUAUCCAGGAGGAGAAGACAUAGCCGCUGGUUACAAAGACCGGAUUGUGUUCACAAGGACCUCUGGGUCUCUGCAGCUAAACUCUGUGAAUUAUACUGACGCUGGAGAUUACACUGUGAACAUGGUGUCAGACAGUUACCUUCACGCAACAGCGACAAUCACCCUGAAGGUGGUGGCGAAAAUCACCAGUGUCACCGUAACACAGAACAUUCCCAACCCGAUAGAAUACACUGACACUGUGACACUGACAUGUGAUGUUAAAGGCACUGUUGAGUCACGGUUGUGGUUUAAGGAUGAGAGAACUCUCCACAGCAAUGACAGGAUCACAAUCUCCCAGGAUAAUGCCACCCUGACCAUCAUCAGUGUGACUAGAAAUGAUGGUGGAACGUAUCGGUGUGAGGCAAAGAACAGCCUUAGCUCUCAGUCCGGCAGCCACACACUGAGCAUUGCGUUUACAGCACAGUUCACCAUCACUGUACCAGACAAUCCCAUUACAGCAGCAGCCGGAGGUACGGCUGUGUUUACAGUGAAACCGUCUGGUGAGGUGGGGAGCGGGACCUGGCGUAUCGGCGGCAGUGAAGUACUUCAGUGGAUCGGGGAUAUAGUAUCUGUAAGCACUAAUUACCAAGGCCGGGCUGAGAUAUCUCUCCCCGACGUGUCUCUUCGGCUGAAAUCAGUGACAGUGACCGACAGUGGAAAUUACACUGUGACUUUGACCUCAGUCUCUGACGAUUCAAAAUCAGCGACAGUCACCCUGAAGGUGAAGGAAUCUGUUUCCAAUAUUGCUGUUACCCCCAAUGUCACGCAGUCAGUAGAAUAUAAUGACACUGUGGGGCUGACGGGCACUGCAUCAGGGACAGACGUGUCAUAUCAAUGGUUGAAAGACAAUAAAACUAUCAGCUCUGACAACAGGACUGUCCUAAGUCUGGAUAACAAACCCCUGACUAUAGCUGGAGUACUGAGGGCUGACAGUGGGAAUUACACGCACUGGGCCUACAACACCGUUAGUAACGACACAAGCCAUCCAUUUUAUCUCAAUGUCAACUAUCCAAUUUCCAAGCCCACUAUUUCAUCCAAUGUCACUAUUCCGGUAGAACAUAAUGACAGUGUGGCUCUGACCUGCACUGCAGUGGGCACUGCCGUCUCAUAUCUGUGGUAUAAGGACAAUGAUGGUAUCUAUGUUGACACAAGGAUUGCGCUAAGUGAUGGCAAUAGAACUCUCACUAUACCUGGAAUUUUAAGGUCUGACACAGGAGAAUAUACGUGUUUUGGGUACAACGUAAUGAAUGGAAAGACAAGUGAUUCUUAUCUACUCAAUGUUAACUAUGGACCAGAAUAUCCCAACGUAUCAAUCAAUCCACAUUUACAAUUAAUUAGUUCAGCAUCAACUGUUAAUCUCUCGUGUUCUGCGGAAUCAAACCCACCUUGUGAAUUUCAAUGGUAUUUCAAUACUUCCUCUUUUCUACAAAACGACUCGGACCUUCUCAUUCCCAAUAUUACCCCAAAGAACGCUGGGAAUUACACGUGUCAGGCCUUUAACAGUGUAACCCAAAGGUAUAGUGCAGCAAACAUCAGAAUCCUUGUCAUAGAGAAAAUCACCAGCGUCACCGUAACACAGAACAUUCCCAACCCGAUAGAAUACAAUGACACUGUGACACUGACAUGUGAUGUUAAAGGCACUGUUGAGUCACGGUUGUGGUUUAAGGAUGAGAGAGCUCUCCACAGCAAUGACAGGAUCACAAUCUCCCAGGAUAAUGCCACCCUGACCAUCAUCAGUGUGACUAGAAAUGAUGGUGGAACGUAUCGGUGUGAGGCAAAGAACAGCCUUAGCUCUCAGUCCGGCAGCCACACACUGAGCAUUGCGUAUUCUGUUGGUGCUCAGGAUCAGAGCGCCACCAUCGCAGCCAUCACUCUCGGGGUUAUAUUGUUUGUGAUCAUCAUUCUCCUGAUUGCUGUUGUCUAUAGAAAGCGUAGGCAUUCUGCUGGAGAUCCCGGAAUCUCUUCAACACGCAAUGAGGCACGAACAAUCUACCAGAAUGAGUCCAGCCAUAUGGGGAACCAGGAACUCGCUGAGGCCUCUGAUCCCAAUGCCACCUACACGACUUUACAGCCACAUGAUCAGUCCCUGUACAGUGACCUGAGAGGCAAAAUGGUUGGAUAACUGUCUGAACAGACGGGGACUGGAGCCGUGAAGUGCUGAUGUGCGGCUUAUUCAACCCCAACACGGCCGGGAUCAGCAAACCAUCUCCUCCCCCUCCCGUUCCCAGCACCUUCUCUUUGUGCAGUUGCUGGACUGGAGUCUGGCGGUUUGUAUCACCCACAGUUUGUUUCUCUGUGUUCAAGAACUCUGGAGCGUAAUUCUCAUGUGGUGCUCACAUGGUCCCACUCAGUGAUAUCAUCCACAGGUGUGGGGUAAACUCUAUCUC